AUGAAGGUUGCUGACAGCGUAAUGGCAGGGAAAGCGUCGGACAGCUCCAUAAAAUGGCAGCUAUGUUAUGACAUGUCAGCCAGGACCUGGUGGAUGGAUGAAUUUCACCCGUUCAUUGAGGCACUUCUACCACAUGUCCGUGCAAUCGCCUAUACUUGGUUCAACCUUCAGGCUCGAAAACGCAAGUACUUUAAAAAACAUGAGAAGCGAAUGUCAAAGGAUGAGGAAAGAGCAGUCAAGGAUGAGCUACUUAGUGAAAAGCCUGAAAUUAAACAGAAGUGGGCAUCCAGGCUCCUCGCCAAACUGCGCAAAGAUAUCCGCCAAGAGUACCGGGAGGAUUUUGUGCUCACUGUUACUGGGAAGAAGCACCCAUGCUGUGUAUUGUCCAAUCCUGACCAGAAGGGUAAGAUUAGGAGAAUCGAUUGCCUGCGACAGGCUGACAAAGUCUGGCGUCUGGAUCUAGUCAUGGUGAUCCUGUUCAAAGGCAUCCCCUUGGAAAGUACGGAUGGAGAGCGACUCAUGAAAUCCCCACAUUGCACAAAUCCAGCACUUUGCGUCCAGCCACAUCACAUAACAGUAUCAGUCAAGGAGCUUGAUUUGUUUUUGGCAUACUACGUGCAGGAGCAAGAUUCUGGACAAUCAGGAAGUCCAAGCCACAAUGAUCCUGCCAAGAAUCCACCAGGGUACCUUGAGGAUAGUUUUGUAAAAUCUGGAGUCUUCAAUGUGUCAGAACUUGUGAGAGUGUCCAGAACGCCUAUUACCCAGGGAACUGGAGUGAACUUCCCGAUUGGAGAGCUUCCGAGCCAGCCAUACUACCAUGAUAUGAAUUCGGGUGUAAAUCUACAGAGGUCACUGUCCUCUCCACCAAUCAGCAAGAGACCCAAAACUAUCUCCAUAGAUGAAAAUAUGGAACCAAGUCCAACCGGAGACUUUUACCCAUCUCCAAAUUCACCAGCUGCUGGGAGUCGGACAUGGCAUGAAAGAGAUCAAGAUAUGUCUUCUCCUACAAUGAAGAAGCCUGAGAAGCCUUUGUUUAGUCCCACAUCUCCUCAGGAUUCUUCACCGAGACUGAGCACUUUCCCCCAGCAUCACCAUCCAGGAAUCCCAGGAGUUGCACACAGUGUCAUCUCAACCAGAACUCCACCCCCACCUUCGCCGUUGCCAUUUCCAGCACAAGCUAUUCUCCCUCCUGCCCCGUCUAGCUACUUCUCUCAUCCAACGAUCAGAUAUCCUCCCCAUCUGAAUCCUCAGGAUACUCUGAAGAAUUAUGUACCUUCUUAUGACCCGUCCAGUCCACAGACGAGCCAGCCUAACAGCAGUGGUCAAGUAGUAGGGAAAGUGCCUGGCCAUUUUACUCCAGUUUUGGCACCCUCUCCCCAUCACAGUGCGGUGAGACCUGUGACUCUGACCAUGACAGAUACUAAACCCAUCACUACAUCCACUGAAGGUGAGGCAUCUUCACCUACAGCAACCACCUACACAGCCUCAGGCACAUCCCAAGCCAAUCGAUAUGUGGGACUAAGCCCAAGAGACCCAUCCUUCCUACACCAGCAACAGCUGAGGAUUUGUGACUGGACCAUGAAUCAAAACGGCAGGCAUUUAUACCCCAGUGCCAGUGAGGAUACAUUGGGAAUUACUUGGCAAAGUCCUGGUACCUGGGCUAGCUUGGUCCCUUUUCAAGUAUCAAACAGGACACCAAUCCUGCCGACAAAUGUCCAAAAUUAUGGUUUGAACAUAAUUGGAGAGCCUUUCCUUCAAGCAGAAACAAGCAACUGA